AUGCAAGGAAAAUUAUCCACGACGGGCCUCAAAGUAGGAGCAGUGACGGCAACAAACAUCCAAUGGGAUACCAAUCGCGAGCUGCUGGUCGAAGUCGGGAUACCUCUGAAAACGCCGAAAAAUUUGCAUAAAACGCCUGAGGAAGACACGACUCACGAGCCUCGGUUGAGCCCGUGCCAACGGCGUGAUCCUGACACCCGGGCUUCGAAGAAGGUCUCAGGCGUCAGCUCGCUUCUUCCAACAGCUUCUAGAUCCUGGAAUUCUGAAUUCUGUUCUUCAUUGACGUUUGGGGGUGCAUAUCACUUGGAUAUGAACAAUAAGAAGCAAAAUAAAGGGAGACCAGCGGCUAGUUCACCAGGUCCACCUCAUUACCUGUUCAACAUCUGUACCUAUCUGCACUCCCUUGCGUCGCUGAUAGUUCACUGGAUGGCCAGCUCGAAAAAUGCUCCAAACAACACGCGCGGAUUGUUUGCUCUACGCACGUGUUACAUCAUGCAUGGCAUGCUGGUCAUGAUUCAUAUCGUCCUUGUUUUCUUUUAUGUCUAUGAAUCAUUGGAACACCAUGUAACUCUCUGUUCCACAAAAUACAAUGAUUUCUGGUCUGUGGUGCUUAGUGCCUCACUACAAGCGUUUUAUACUAUAUACACCGCUGUUCUACUCUUCCUUACCCAACGGCUUGCAAUUUCGAGAACACUUGUACGCCGUGUCAAACUGACUGCCGUUCACGACAUCUCUGGCGCAUGGGCGGGCCUUGGCUCCGCACUCAGCAGCGUCUGGCGACAAACUGACAUCCCCGCCUCGUGGUGGACGACUUCUGCUGUGGCAGUCUACCUUGCGAGCAUAAGUGUGCUGCAUGUCACCUCUUCGGUUCUUCUACAAUUUCAAGCCUUGGGAUCGGAUAAUUUUAUGACUACUUUAGUGCCCACAACACUAGGAUGGCUAGACGAUUCAUCGUACGGCAAUUUUGUAGACCUGGGACCCAUUGCUCCAUCCCUACCAGUUGUCAAUCAUUUGACUGGACUGGCGUCUGCAGGAUUAUCAAACACGACACUCUACGACACCUUCACAAUGGGUACACCAGGAACUGCGUUUGUGAACACAACGACAGUAACCUCGAGUUGUGGAUUGAUUCCAAAUGUGACAUACUCUGCGGAUACCAGCACGGCAAUCUUUCAGUUUGGAGAUUCGUUCGCGCUUAAUACGAGCAUUUCGAGUCUUUGGGCAGACCAGAUACAUAUAAUUCCAUGGACAGAAUAUGAAGAUUCUGAUGGUGACUUGGACGACUCAGAGUUUGAUGGUAUCUAUCUUAUGGUCUCCACGUCAUUGGGGAUCGACCCUUUAGUACAAGACGAGGUCGCCGUGAACAUGACUUGGGCUAUCCCUGGCGCUGUCACUUCAUACGCCAUCCAGAUCAGCAAGGCUUUGGCUACCUCGAACUACAGCAGCGGGAUGAUAUUUGAAGGUAGCAAUUCACAAAUCAUCGAACUCUCUAUUAUGGACCAGUAUAUUAUGUCACUGGUAGGCUUGAAUCUCACCCAGGAAUAUAUACAAUUCCGAGACGACGGUGCUCUUCCGAUUUCUAAUUUCACUUUGAGACCGGAUGAACUAGAAUUUGCGGUCGCGAGGGCAGCUGCACAACUCAUCUGGCUAGCGGGACGAUUGGGCACAGCCAAUGGAGGAAUUGACCCUGGGAGUGGGUCGACCUAUGUCGACUCAUCCAUAAGUUACACAUGCCUCAAUAUCAACUUUCUUCCUUUGGCUUUUGCGACGUCUGCAUCGGUGAUCAUGUUGGGACUUGCGCUUCAUAUGACCCGAGCAUUCGAUGCAUCACAUGACAGUCAAGCUGCUAUCCCAGACAUAGGUGUACUGCAACUCUUGUGGUUGGGUCAUCGUUCAGUGUCUAUCAAUCAAGCCCUGCAAUAUGUCCAGCAUCCGACAGAGGCCAUUCUGCGGCGAGCAGGCAUGACGGAUAUUUGUCUUGCGAAGAAACUAUCCAAUGAGGAAGAGUUUGGGAGUUCAAUUGCCAGCGAUAGUCUCUCCUGUGGUGUCGACCGUUGUCAUGAUGAUGAUGUGAUUUGGGUUUGA